UGUAUUUUGAUAAAUGGUGACCACCUAUUCGAAGUCAUAUUCGGCUGGAUAUUCUCUCUGUGCCUUUUACUCAUUCUGUGGGCACCAAAAAUUGGAAAAAGCGGAAGAAAAGAUUAUUAGAAGAAAGAACAGAACCACGUGUCACUAGAUUCCCUAAAAUUACUCCACAGCCCCUCCUCUCAUUCAUAAAACCACCUACACCCCCAUUUUUAAUCAUCUUCCUUCGCUUUGCCUUCACUUGCCUUUCUGAUUUCCUCCUCCACCAACUUCUCUCUCCGCAGAUCUUCUCCUCAUAGAUUGAGUGAUCGUUAAUUCGAGAACAUGGCUGCUGCUACUCUCAACGCUGCCGAUGCCGAGAAGAUCAACAAGCUCAAAUCUGAUGUUGCCUCUCUCAGUCAGAUCAGUGAAAACGAGAAAUCUGGAUUCAUCAAUCUGGUAGCUCGCUAUCUCAGUGGCGAAGCUCAACAUGUUGAGUGGAGUAAGAUCCAGACACCAACUGAUGAGGUGGUGGUGCCUUAUGAUACCUUAGCCCCUGUGCCCGAAGAUGCUACUGAGACCAAAAAACUUCUGGACAAACUUGUGGUGUUAAAGCUCAAUGGAGGCUUGGGAACUACAAUGGGGUGCACUGGUCCAAAGUCUGUUAUUGAAGUUCGUAAUGGCUUGACAUUUCUUGAUCUAAUUGUCAUCCAAAUUGAGAGCCUCAAUAAGAAAUAUGGAUGCAAUGUACCCCUGCUUUUAAUGAACUCAUUCAACACUCAUGAUGAUACAUCAAAGAUUGUUGAAAAGUAUGCCAAGUCCAACAUUGAGAUUCAUACAUUUAACCAGAGCCAAUACCCUCGCCUGGUGGUUGAAGAUUUCAAGCCACUUCCCUCCAAAGGAAACACUGGAAAGGAUGCAUGGUACCCUCCUGGCCAUGGUGAUGUCUUUCCUUCUUUGAAGAAUAGCGGGAAGCUUGAUGCAUUGCUAUCAAAGGGCAAAGAAUACGUCUUUGUUGCCAAUUCAGAUAACUUGGGAGCUAUUGUUGAUCUGAAAAUUCUCAAACAUUUGAUCAAUAAUAAGAAUGAAUACUGCAUGGAGGUCACACCUAAAACACUGGCUGAUGUGAAAGGUGGUACUUUAAUCUCUUAUGAAGGGAAAGUACAGCUUCUGGAAAUAGCUCAAGUCCCUGAUGAACAUGUCAAUGAAUUCAAGUCAAUAGAGAAGUUCAAAAUUUUCAACACAAACAACUUGUGGAUUAACUUGGAGGCUAUCAACAGACUUGUUCAAGCAGAUUCAUUGAAGAUGGAAAUUAUUCCCAACCCUAAGGAGGUGGAUGGGAUCAAAGUUCUUCAACUUGAGACUGCUGCGGGUGCUGCAAUAAGGUUCUUUGAUCAUGCUAUUGGAAUCAACGUGCCUCGUUCUCGGUUCCUGCCUGUAAAGGCAACUUCAGAUUUGCUUCUGGUCCAAUCUGAUCUGUAUACCUUGAAUGAUGGCUUUGUUACUCGGAACCCAGGAAGGGCCAAUCCAGCUAACCCAUCUAUUGAUUUGGGACCUGAAUUCAAGAAGGUUAGUAAUUUCUUGGGUCGGUUCAAGUCUAUCCCCAGCAUCAUUGAGCUGGAUAGCUUAAAGGUGACGGGCGACGUUUGGUUUGGAGCUGGUGUUACUUUGAAGGGGAAAGUGACUAUUACUGCCAAGUCUGGCGCGAAGAUAGAAAUUCCUGAUGGAAAGGUGAUCGAAAACAAGGAAAUCAAUGGACCUGGAGAUAUCUAAAGAAGACAUAUGAUAAGAGCUCUCUUCAAGGAAGAGGCGAGUUCUCGGAUACAACGAGAUGUUUUUGUUUGUAUUAUGUAUAAAAAUGGAUAACUGGAAAAUAAGUGGGAUUUCCUUUUUCAUAAAUUUGUGCUACAUAAUAUUAGCCUCGAGAUGUAAAAGGUUUCCUGAGCUCCUUUUACCAUGGAGUAGGUUGCAAUGGAGUAAUAUAAUCUUCUCGUCUUUUUAAAAGUGAUUGCGGAGUUUUGUUUGUAUUGCUUUUGCUUGCAAUGCAGCGGCUAUAGAAUGGCUGUUCUGUUGGGAUGUUAUAGAAGAACAAAACUGCACUUUGUCUGUAUGUCCGUGUACCUUUGCUUUGUCGAAGUGUUUGAAUAAUUGAGUUAAAGAGAUAUCCCCUCUGUUCACGAAUUAAA